GGAAAUAUAAGUGCAUCCAUAAGUAACCAGAAGAACAUUUUCUUUCAGAAGCCGAUCAAGUCGAUUAUUAUCUAAGAAAAUAUCAGCUAUCAGCUCGACAAUUCUAAUAAAAAUGAAACUUUGCUGUUUGUUAAUAACAUAUUAUUUUGUCCUUGUAAGCUCAGAAGAUUAUGAAGCGGAAUUUAGGAAGGAAUUUUUCCGUACAAACCUAACCAUCGAGAAAGCGUGUAAGAAGAAUGUUAUAAUUGUAGAAGAUAAUUCUGUAGCAAGUGGAUUGGAGUAUAUAAUUGAAAAAAUGGUUAAUGAUGAUAUUGAUGACCAUGAAUAUCAUUCAUACGAGAGUUUUGACAAACUUAAUUUUCUGGUCGCUGUACCGGAACAAACGGAUAUUAUCGUCAAUAUACCGGGAUACGAACACCUUGAGCCAAUGCAUAAAGCUGGUCAUUUACAAUAUGUUAUGCAACAAGAGAUAAGAAAUGAAUUACUCGUUGUUAUUCCUAUUCCUGAUGAAAGCAUAGACUAUGGAGCCUUAGAUUUGACAACCCUUGCAGAACACAGAAGACGUUUUGUUGAACCGACUAUAAAAAAUAUAUUCAAACGUAUAUUAGGACCCAUGUAUGACCAGUUUAUGAUGCAACUAGAACUAGAAAUAAGAGGCACAUUAAAUUUCGGAGGCUCAAAUUUGAUGACAAUUUUAGAAGAGAGAAGACUUAGUGGAACGUCUUUAGAAAAUGUAAUCAGACGUGUAUUAGGAGUUGAUAAAAAGCAAUACGAAUCUGUUCGUGCUGUCCCUUUAUUGGGGAUGUGUCGUUUCAUGGGAAUAUACUUGAGUACACGAUUUCCAAAAUCAUACAUAAAAAACCUUGUGAUUGACCCCGAUAAUAAUACUUGUAUUCUGGAUAACGGAACUACACAAAAAAAAUUCAAACAAAUUAAUGGCGUAUGGUGGCAAAUGAGCACCGAUGAACGUACACAACAACUACUUGACCAGCAUUUAUAAUAAUUUAGACCAUGAACCAAUGGAAUACCUCUUCUAAAUUUACAAUAUAAUACUAGUGUUAUUUCAUUGUAAUAGUGUUAUCUUAUUGCAAUCAUAUCCUAAUUCAUAUUGCACUAAUAGCUGUCAGUUAAUUUAAUAUAUUUCAUAAUAAACAGCUUUACUCGAGAUUAUUAUCACA